UCGUGAUAAAAGCGACACGCCUCGCGUUAUUUUAUUCGCUGAUGUACUUGAUAAGCUACAAUGUGGGAAAUGCAGUUAACUACAAUUUUCAGUAUUUCAGCAUUUAGACAAAGAAGCUCGACUUGAAUUUAUUAUUAAAUUUACACGUUUAACUUGUACAACGUGACGGAAAAAUAUAAUAUUAAUAAAAAUAAUUUAAUAGUACAAUUGAACGAAAUAAAAAAAAAAAAGAAAUCAAUAUACAAAUGUUGUUGUACAGAAUCGAAUUGAAUUGAAUAGUUGAAUUUUAUAGAAUUUACACAUGUAUUUAACAGAAAUGUAAAUUUCUCGUUCGGCCGAAUGCACUGAAAACAAUUUCCAGCAACGAGCUGCUCCGAUAUUAUCUAAAUUUGGUGAAAUGUCCGGCAAUCGCGGCUAUUCAAGUGGUAAUAAGUACCUACCAGGGCCAGCCUGUAUAUCGUCGGCUGUUCCAUUUCACAUACAGAUACGAAACGGGCUCGAUCAUUUUCGUGGUGCAUCAGAGUUCAUUGUUCUCUUCGCAGCACCCGUACCGGGUGGAUGCAACAUGGAGUUUAAUACCGAAAUCGCGCCGUACGCGAGGGUACAGGCAAGCGACACGAUGAUCAUCGUCGACGUACAACCUGCCUCGGUACCGUUCAACAACGUUCGACCCAGUUGCGAAAAGAACGUGGUGGCGGUCGAGAUCUAUCACAUGUUCCUGACUGGCUGGGACUUCAGUGUCGAUAGUUAUUUCGCGGCUAUCGUAAGCAUGCUGACUGUCACGGAUAUCAAGGAGAACGGAGUGAAGGUAAUGAGUCCCACUGUUUCCUCGCCGAUGAGGCGAGUGUUCAGCGCGUACACCGGCGUUGGCUCGGUUUAUGUCGCAGUGGCCACUUACGGGAACUAUUCCGCGGCCUAUGUGCCAGCCUUCUCAUACGCCUGUCAUCCCAUAAUUGAUCCUGACUCUUGCAAAAUUUUACCCGAUUUUUUGUCGAACUUCAUCUGUGUACUCUGUUUCUUCGUGGGACUAUCAUCGUUGUGCCUGUGUCACCAUCAAAUUAAGCUCGACAUGGUAAUACCGAUAUUCUUCACCGGAACUGUGAUCGGUUACGCUACACUAGGAACCAUUGAACCUGCUCUAGGAAUAGGCCUGGCUUUCAUAGCAGUGUGGCUAGCGUCCAAAUGUAUCCCGAUUCUCGACAAGAUGAUAUUAAAUCUGACGCUAGGCUGGUUUUUCGGAUGCGUCGCUUACUUCAACUCCCCAGAUUUGUUUACAAUACUGCAAAACGACGGGUUUUUUUGGACUUUCUUCGUAACUUUGAGUCUUGGUAUAGCUUUGGUCAUGAUACUGUUAUUUGACGUUGCCUCUGUUAUUACGUGUGCAAUAUUCUCGUCCUUCAUGAUGAUCCUGCCGCUUGACUAUUGGAUUGGUUCUACUCUGAAAUAUAUUAUAAUAAACUUUAUAAGGAGGAUUGCCGUUGAGGGAUUUAACUUAGCCAUUAUCCAACAUCCAACUCAGACCAAGGAUAUAUGUCUUAUCGUGCUGUGGACGUGUUUGGCGCUGUAUCGUUUCUCGAAACAAUGGUGCUUAAGAUGUAGUAGUGUAUCCACUCCGGAAACUACUCCAUUACUUUCACAUUUUUAAAACAUUUUAUGUCACGUUUAAUUUUACGUUAAGACUGAUAAACUUUUCAUUGUUUCAUUUUCGUGAUUUAUAUUUACGUUGUAGUUAUUAUACUGAAGACAAUAUUACGAUUUAUGUAUGAAAUGUAAUUACUGUAACUAAAACAACCAAAUAUUAGUUCUUAAUAAUAAGUGUGUGUAAUAUAUGUCCUGUUUAUUUUAUAAAAAAAAUGAAUUUGAAUUUCUCAUAAAUGUAUAAACGUAACUUGAAGAACGUCCAGGCAAAAUGGACAUUUUCCGUUUCCUCCAUCUGUAAAAUAAAUUCUCAUUAUUAUUCAUAAUAAAUAAACUUGUUGUUACCAACACAUGGCUGGAAGGAUGAUAUUCAAAUAAAU